AUGACGAAUUUCACCACGAGCGGGUUUCUUCUCCUGGGGUUUUCUGCCACACCUGAGCUAGAAAUCUUCUAUGCUUCCCUGUUCUUAGUCCUGUAUUUGUUGGCGUUGACAGGCAACAUGCUCAUCAUCACCACAGCGUCCCUGGAUGACAGUCUCCAGUCCCCCAUGUAUUUCUUCCUGAAGCAUCUCUCCUUGUUGGAUCUCUGCUACAUUUCUGUGACUGUGCCCAGAUUCAUUUACAACUCUUUUACACACAGUGGGAAUAUCUCCCUCUGGGAGUGCAUCAUGCAGUGCUUUGUGUUCACUCUCUGUGCUGUGGCCGAGAUGGCCAUGCUCACAGUGAUGUCCUAUGACCGCUACGUGGCCAUCUGCCUGCCCCUGCACUAUGACGUCAUCAUGGACGUCAGAACCUGUGUCCAAGGAGUCGCUGGUGUCUGGGUCAGUGGGACCCUCUCUGGAGCCAUGCACACGGCAGCUACUUUCUCCAUCCACUUCUGUGGCCCCCGCAUCAUUCACCAGUUCUUCUGUGAUAUCCCCCAGAUCCUGAAACUCUCCUGUUCUAAUGAGUACCUGGGUGAGAUCGGUGUCACUGCCUUCGUGGCUGUGCUGGCAUUUCUUUGUGUCAUCUUUAUUGGGUUCUCCUACGUGCACAUUUUUUCUUUUGUUCUGAGGAUGCCAUCUGCGGAGGGCAGAGCCAAGGCCUUUUCCACUUGCCUCCCCCACCUUGCUGUUGUCUUAUUAUUUAUUUCUACUAGUGUGUUUGAGUUUUUGAAGCCUCAUUCCGACUCUCCAACUCCUCUAGAUAUUUUUCUUACUGUUCUUUACACAAUUGUUCCCCCAACUUUUAAUCCAAUCAUCUAUAGCCUGCGAAAUAAAGCUAUCAAGUUGGCUAUAAGUAAGCUUUUUCAAAGAAGAGUAGCGUACCUCUUUUGUUGA